AUGAACGACCAAGAGCUUGAGAUACUGUACACACAGCAACUGAGCGAAGAAUUGAUUCUGCAGACCAGAGGAAAGAUCAACCAGUUCAUCGAGACGCAUCCUCACAGCUUUGGCAUGGACAUGCUCUUUACUGCUUCUGUCAACAACGGAAGCAUGCCAGAGGAGUUGGCCAAAUUAUACCAAGAAGUGUGUUCCUACUACAACGACAAUGCAAUUCAGUUUGACCAUGUCUGGAGUUGGUCGUUUAUUUGGAGACAGCAGCUUGCCUACAAGAACCUAGCAGCAAAUUAUGGUUUGGAGCAGAUUGUCAACACAUCGCAUCCCAGAGCUAGAAAGGCAGUAAAGCAGAUAUACUUGGAAGGACUGGAUCAGUACAUGCAAUGGUUUCCCUGGAGCUGGUUCUCCACCAUGCAGUUUAUUGGAGCAGGUGGAUUUUCCGCAGUGUAUGCUGCUCUCAUGAGCCCACCUUACGACGUCGAGCCUGUUAAAGUGUCACUCAAAGUAGUGGACGACAAGAUCUUGAAUGAGAUCUCCGUUCAAUCAAAAGCAUUCCUGCCAUUGCUCUUUCAGGGGCUCACUGUAUGCGAAAGCACGGGCGACUUGAUGAUGGUCAUGAAGAUGAGCAACGACGGCAAUUUGGAGGAUCAUAUGCAGCAGUUGCCACUGGGAGAUUUGGAUCUAAAGACAAUUACAGGCACCAUUUUGCGACUCUCGGUAAAUUUGGCCGAUUUACACAAAGCUGGACUGUGCCACCGAAAUGUUCAUCCAAGGAAUAUCAUGUGUACCGACAGCGAUUACUUUCUAGUUGACUAUCGAUUUUCCACCCCAUCCAAAGAGUCUUCGUCGGUCACCGCACUUACCAAAGCAGUCUAUGGACGGUUACCCUAUAUUGCACCUGAAGUCAGACGUGGAGUGUACACCGAGAAAUCUGACAUCUAUAGUCUGGGAAUUAUCAUUUGGCAAUUAGUGAGUAAAGUGAUUUUCCCAUCUCCUGAUGUCCUGCUGGAUGCACACAGCGCGCAUGGUGGAUUUGCAGAAAAUGCGUAUCGUAUUGAGCCUGUGCCUGGAUUGCCAGAUUGGUAUGAGAAACUCUAUGUGUCUUGUCUAGAACCCAAACCAGAGAACCGACCCACAGCAGCUGAAUUGUGCGAGUUAUUACAGAUCAUUCACGACAAUUUGGAUAUCUCGGUGCCAUUAGAGAGAGAUGUGACGGAAUACAUUGUAGCAAGACGUGCAGAAGUGGCAGAUCAUUUGAGAACAUACUCUAAAAUCAAGGGCAUCGUGUCAGCAUCUACAACAAGAUUAUACACCUUAACCAAUGUGCCAUCCACCGAGCAUUAUCUUAUGCUGCCAUUUUCCAGCAAGCUGUUCAGCGUACCUGAAUGGCAGCAAUACCAAAUCCUCCAACAACAUCAUCAAUAUGCAUUAAUACAACAAGCUCAAUCCACAAUUACACCAAGUGACAUAUUUGCAAGUCUAGAAGCAGCACACUUGCUAGUGUAA